AUGGGUCCACCAUCAACCGUUACUUCCUAUCAUCUUAGUUCAGUAGCACCAUCAACACCUUUCUCUGCAGCAGCAGCAACACCAUUUACACCACGAACAGCUGAUACCUCACGUGUUCAACCAAGUUUACAAAAUAUAGUCUCAACUGUAAGUCUUGGUUGUCCAUUAGAUUUAAAACGUAUUGCACUUCAAGCUCGUAACGCUGAAUAUAAUCCAAAACGUUUUGCUGCUGUUAUUAUGCGUAUUCGUAGUCCACGAACAACAGCUUUAAUAUUUACUUCAGGAAAAAUGGUUUGUACUGGUGCUAAAAGUGAAGAAGAUUCUGUUCAAGCAGCACGUCGUUAUGCUCGUGUUAUUCAAAAACUUGGUUUUCCAGCUAAAUUUCUCGAUUUUAAAAUUCAAAAUAUGGUUGGUAGUGCGGAUGUUAAUUUUAAAAUACGACUUGAAGCACUUGCAUUAAAACAUGCUACAUAUUGCAGUUAUGAACCUGAAUUAUUUCCCGGUUUAAUCUAUCGAGUCAUUCAACCGAAAAUUGUUUUACUUAUUUUUAACUCUGGUAAAGUUGUACUUACGGGUGCAAAAGAACGUCGUGAAAUUCAUGAAGCAUUUGAACGUAUUUAUCCAAUAUUAAAAACAUUUCGACGAGCCUCUUGA